UGUUUCCUAUAUCCUCCCUAGUCUUUUCGAGGAUAUUUAUUAUACCUUAAUGGUUUUUCUUUUUCCUAUCUGGUUCAUUAUUAUGACAGAUAGACAAUCUAUACCAGAUAAAGUUUCUUUAGUAGUACUUGCUUUCUUCAGUUGCCUCAUGUUUUCUUAUACACAAAUGUCCCUUUGGGACAUUAGCCACUCUGAUUGGUAACGUGCUCCUCGAAGGAAGAUCAAAAGCUUAUGCCCUAUCUCAUGUGUCCUCCAUUGAGUUUAGGGAUUGGGGGUUGCAUAGAAGAGGAAACAACCCAGGCCAGGCGUGGUGGCUCGCGCCUGUAAUCCCAGCACUUUGGGAGGCCGAGGCGGGCGGAUCACCUGAGGUCGGGAGUUUGCGACCAGCCUGACCAACAUGGAGAAACCCUGACUCUACUAAAAAUACAAAAUUAGCCGGGUGUGGUGGUGCAUGCCUGUAAUCCCCAGCUACUGGGGAGGCUGAGGCAAGUGAAUCGCUUGAACCCGGAAGAAGGAGGUUGCGAUAAGCUGAGAUCGCACCAUUGCACUCCAGCCUGGGCAACAAGAGUGAAACUCCGUUUCAAAAGGAAAAAAAAAAAAAAAAAGAAGAGGAAACAACCCCACUAUAGUACAAAGCCCCUGGAAUAUGGGCUCAUUCACUCUCCAUUUGCAGCAGCAUUCUGUGCUCUCCAACACACACACACACACACACACACUGUCUUGUUUUUCAAGAGCUGUCUUUUUGAGUUAUAAUUACCUAAGUUACCAAAUGGUGAGGUUAGGAAGUAGGCCCAUUUAGGAGCCAACAAAUUCACUGUCCCCUUACCCUCUUAUCUGUCUCGAAUACACAUGCAUAUUCACCCUAAGCUAGGUGGCAACACUGCCAUGAUGUUACCCUGCUUACUCUGGUUAGGGGCUGGGCACUGGCAACAGGGCAGGCAGUGACUCACCCAGCACAGCUAGAAAGCAUCCUCCUGCCUGGCACCCCCGUGUGAAUCUGGGCCCUCUUUUCCCUAGCUUACUAUUCACCGCAGCCCCCCAAUGUCUGGUUUGGGGAUCUGUCUAAUUCCUUUUUACUUAAAUGGCUUCCCUAGAUUUACAUUCUAAGGAAGAAGUGAGGAAGUCAGCAAGCCUUGUUUGCUUAUUAUCUUGUUUGGAAGGUUCCAAUUUCAGCACAUCUGAGCUUCUGAGGGGGCUCAGCUAGGAGUUUCCAGGUGUCUAGGAAAAUGCCAGAAGAACUCACCAGGUGCUGGGAAGCAUCCCUUUUCUGGAAAGUCCUUUUACUUGGAUCUACCUGCUGGCAAGAAUCUCCAGUUUUUGACAGGGGCCAUUCAGCAACUGGGUGGGCCACCUCUGUGAUCUGGUUUCAGGUAAUUGAGGGUUUUCUGAGCAAAGAAGUAAGUUACAUCGUGUCCAGCCGCAGAGAAGUAAAGGCAGAGAGCAGUGGGACAAGACACAGAGGCUGCCCUAGCCCCAGUGAGGUCAGAGUGGAAACAUCGGCCAUGGUUGAUCCAAAAGGCAGCCACCCCAGGCCUUCACAGAAACCCAUUGACUCGGUGCCUCUAAGCAGAGGGAAGGAGCUGCUGCAGAAGGCCAUCAGAAACCAGGGGAGCAUCAGUGGAGGAGGCAGUGGGGGCAGCAGCAGCCUCCUGACCAAUGCCCGCUCUUGGGGAGUGAGGAUUCUGCACGUGGAUGGUACCCUUUCUGUGCUGGGCUCCUGUGGAGGGAGAAUUGGUGACUUUGACCAGGAGUGUCAGCUUUUAGAAGGAUCAUGGUCAUGUGAGCUUCUGGUCACCGGAAGCCAGAAGUACUCAGCUGCCAUGUUGAUCCACAAAGAAAUGAUGAUGCACGUGCAACAGCUGUCUCUUCCCUCUUUAUGUGUGAAAAAACAAGAGCCAAAGAAGCCAGAGGGAACAUGUCCAGCAGCAGAGUCAAGAACACGGAAAGUGGCCAGACUGAAGGCACCGUUCCUCAAAAUCGAAGAUGAAAGCAGGAAGUUUCGUCCUUUCCAUCAUCAGUUUAAAUCCUUUCCUGAAAUUUCUUUUCUUGGACCCAAAGAUGCAAGUCCCUUUGAGGCCCUGACGACCCUGGGCAGCAUGCACCAUACCAGAGAAUCCAAGGAUGGAGAGCCAAGCCCGCGAUCAGCUGCCCGCACCAUGCCCAGGAGGAAGAAAGGCUACUGUGAGUGCUGUCAAGAGGCCUUCGAGGAGCUCCAUGUGCAUCUUCAGAGUGCCCAGCACCGGAGCUUUGCCCUGGAAGCCCAUCUAUAUGCAGAAGUGGACAGGAUCAUUGCCCAGCUCAGCCACAGCUUUGCAGACAUCCCUUUCCAGGCUGGCCGCCCCAGGUGGUCAGGUUCCCCAGCUUCUGAUUGUGACCCUCUCUGUCCUGAGACUCUGCACCCCCAUCAGCCCUCCCAUCCCAGGGCAGCAUCUCCCAGGAUGAGGAAAGAAGACAGCUGCCAGGCAUCAGGUAUCCCAGAGCAGGAUGGGACAGUGGACAGCACGCAGGCACCAGCUGAACUUGCAGGGACUGGUGAGGUACCUGGACCUAUAGCAAGCUGCCAGGACCUGGGGGGGUCAGUUGAUGUGUUUGUGGACCCCCCAGGGACACUAGUGUCCAGGAGCCCUGCUUGCCAAUGCCUCCUGCCUAGCUCUGGUUUUAUGGAACUCUCCUCUGGCCCAGACCUGGCACUUGUUGGCCACAAGCGGAAGGUUCAGUUCCCCAGUGGCAGUGCUGAGAAGAGAGUGGGGGCCUCCUGGCCACAGGCUUCAUUUUUUGUCCCAAUAGCCCCCAACCCCUGCGGCACCAGGACAACUAGUGGCAAGCAUCUUCCCUCUCUUCCCCUUCCAGGCCAUGAGUCCAGACUCCUUGCCUCCCUCCAGCCCUUGUGCCACUCACAGACCUGCCUCUCUCUCCCAGACCCCUUCGCCUGGCAGCCCACAGACAGACCAGCAGAGUUCUGGGCCACACAGCCCCCCUGGCUGGGGGAAGGGUGGCCCCCAGGGCCUGAGGAUUCUGAGUGUACAGCCACUGGCCCUGUAUCCCAGGAGGCUGGCCAGCUCCCCAGCUGCCCCACAGCUCCAGGCCAGCCAUCAGCUCCCCUGUACUCAGCUACCAGUGUGCAGCCCUCAGGAGCACCUGUAGAGAGCAGGUCUACCUCCCUCCUGCAGCCCCUGCCAGCCAGUGCGGGAGCCAGCUGUUCCCGAUGCCUCUGGGCCCCCCAGCCUCUCCAGGUGCCCUGUCUCCCUGUCUCCCAGCCCUGGUCCCAACCCCAGCCCCAGCCCCAGCCCCAGCCCCAUGCUGGCAGAGAGCUGCUCCUAUGAGUCCCCAAGGUGCUUGGCUGUUCACAGGGCCAGGCAGCUCCAGAUUGAAGGGCCACAGAUACAACUUAUUCCUCUGCUGGGUGCUGCACACCCGGCCAGGGCUGACCAGGACGCAGGAGGGGCAGAACCCCAGGACUUCCCCAAAAGAGCCAGAAGGAGGCCUGGGCCUGGCCUUUGAAGUCCAGCUAGCAGCUGUCACGCUCAGCUCCAUGGAGGCAACAGAGCCAGCCCUCCCACUGGCCAGGUCUUUGGGAGAGAAUCUGGGCUGGGGGCUCUCCUACCCCCGCCUCCUGCCAUGUUCCUGACCAGGCAGAGUCUACAGUGGGCUUGCCCAGCUGAGGCUGGCCGCCCACGCCAGGAGGCAGAGGCGAAGUUGGCAUGGGGAGGGACCACAAAGGAGCUGGGGCAGCAGGAGUCCUGGCCCGGCUUCCUGGCCCUCCACAGGCCCUUGCCUCUCUGCAGAGCCGCGGGUUAGCUGUUGAUGUGCUCCACCCCCAACCCCGGCCUCCUUUCCCACGAGCAUGUGGCCGCUCCUGCUUUCCGACAUGCCUGUGUUUGUCCCCUCCCCCAGCCCCCCACGCUCCCGCACGCAGAUCCUCAGGAACAUAUGAAGCAGAGGAGGGGCUUGGGCUGCACCACUCACAGAGCUCCCUCCCCCAGGCACUUAGCUGGGGCCCCGCACUGACCUUUCCCCUGAGCCCAGGAUGUGGCCAGAACCCCCUCUGGGACCCCUCUCGGCCCUUCUCUGCCUCCUCAGCUUGAGCUGCCUGCCCGAAGUUCGGCUGUUCCGGGGCCAGUGUGUCACCUGCCAACUUCCACAUCACCCUCCUCCCUCGCUCCCUCCUCUCCUUCCCCAAGGACCUCCCCCCAUUUCUGGCAGCCAAGCCAUUAAUCUGGAGACAGAAAUGGGUUUGCUAUCGAUUCUCUGGCCACUUUUUCUUUCAUUACAAUUUGUACCGUGGUUCUUCUCACCCUUCUCUGUGUCCGUGCAUUUAAAGAGUUGUCUCUUUAAAUGUUGAAGCUCCUGGAAGCCUGGUGCUAUUCUGUGUCUCCUUUCAAAGGAAGAAGGGGGGGGGGCCAGCUAUGGGUGAGGACUCAAGUUAUUAGUUGGAAAUAGAGCAACUAUGUGUACAGCCCACCUUAGAGGUCAUGUUACCCCCUUCCUGUUAAAUUUUACAAUUAAUUUUGGUUCAGGAAAUGUAAAUAAAUUUGUUAAUAACAAAUAGCAAA